AACCAAUCGCUGCCCGCUCUUGUGGCGCGUCGUAGGAGGAAACAUGGCGGCGCACAUAAGCAGUGCUGUGAAACGACUAGUUCCCCAGAGGAGCGGUUGGCCUGUGCCAACAUCCUGGCAGUUGUAUACCGAAGCACGGCGUCAUCACCAUCACUCUGCAGGCACCUUGCUGCGCUACAUACCCCGCAGGGCGGUUCUCUACUGCCCUGGCAAUGAUGAGCGAAAAUUGAGGAAACUAUCGUCGUUGGAUGUCGACUGUGCCGUCUUGGACUGCGAGGAUGGUGUAGCCCUCAGCAAAAAGACAGAGGCCAGAGAGACCAUUUCCAGGAUGUUAGUAGAACUGGAUCUGGGCCGGACAGAGAAGUGCGUGAGGGUGAACUCGGUGUCCAGUGGCUUAGCUGACGCUGACCUGCAGGUCAUCCUGCAGGCUGAGGUUCUCCCUCCUGCCAUCAUGUUACCCAAAGUGGAAGACACACAGGAGGUGCAAUGGUUUGUUGACAGGUUUCAGCACAACUUGAAAGGAAAGGCACUGACAGAACCCAUUCGCCUGGUCACCUUUGUGGAAACCGCUGUGGGCCUGCUCAAUUUUAAGGCGGUGUGUGAGGAGAUCCGUCGACUUUCUCCCAGGGCUGGUCUUCACCAUGACGGUGUGGUUUUUGGCUCUGAUGACUUCUGUGCCAGCAUAGGUGCCACACGGACCAAGGAUGCCAGGGAGCUCCUUUACGCCAGGCAGAAGGUAGUUGUGACCACCAAAGCAUUUGGGCUGCAGGCUAUCGACCUGGUCUACAUCGACUACAAAGAUGUGGAGGGGCUGAGGCGGCAGGCCAGAGAGGGAGCUCUCAUGGGCUUCACAGGUAAGCAGGUUAUCCACCCAGGGCAGAUCCAGGCUGUACAGGAAGAGUUCUCCCCCAGUCAGGAGAGGGUCCAUUGGGCCAAAGAGCUCAUUGCUGCCUUCGACCAACAUCAAAAGGAGGGCAAGGGCGCGUUCACCUUCCGUGGCAGCAUGAUUGACAUGCCCUCGCUGAAGCAGGCACAGAACAUCGUAACGCUUUCCACCGCGGUGCCAGAAAAAUAACACACAUGGAGACGAAACGGGAGGAACCGGGCGGCAAAAGAAACUGGAAAUGUUGCAGGUCUAAUGACAAAAAGUAGCACUUCAAGUACUAAUUAACUUUGUUGUCUGACAUAGGAGAACAUUUUGGUUUUAAUUUAAGUUUUUAAUUAUUGUUGAAAUAUUUUCAUUAAAUGCAUUUGUUUGUUAUUGCUGUUUUACUUUUGCUGCUGAGGUGCAAUUUACAUUAUGACUACACCCUGGGAUGUAUUCAUUAGUACAAACUCUGCACAUACCGAAUGACAACAGCAAACCCUUGGAAACAUAGUGUCGGGGAUUAUUGCCCUGUGUGGGCACUUUCUUGGCGCUCUCUGCAGUGUGCGCGUCGUCAUGUCACUCUCCGCGGCUUGUGUGCCCAUGCCUCCCAUCUCUCCUAGGUCAUGAUGAAUGCUUUCGCAUCUCCAUGGUCCAGGCAGCUGGGCGAAAGGGUAAACAAACACAACAAGCCACUGUUGUGGAUCUAUUCAUUGGGCCCCGGUCCUCCAGUCAGGCCUCAGCCCCCUGCUUAGAGCCUGACUCACAAACAUCAAAGUCCUGCUCACUGGAGGAAAAAAAAAAAAAAAA